ACUAGGGUGGUGGGUGUGGGGUGUCGGGCCAGCCCGGGACGCGGGAGAAGGGCAGGCAGCGACGUCCCACCGCCCGUGGUGGGUGAGUGAGCCGGGCCCGAGCGGUGGGCUGCUAGACCCCUCGGUUGCCCCUCACGGCUCCGGGGCGCCUUGAGCCGUCGCGGCGACCGGAGGGCCUGGGCGCCGGCCCGUUAGUUGCCUCAAACCGCCUGAGCCAGCCGGGCUCGCGGGGUGCUGCGCCCGUGACGUCAGCUCGGCUUCCCCAUUCCCGAGCUUUCCUGGGAGGGCUCCUGAGUCCCGAGUCCGGGAGCGUGGUCGCUGCCACCGGGACCCUGGGAGAGACAGGGCUUGAGUGGGAGCAGCACAAGACUCAGUCUCCCUCGUUGCCGCAGGCCAUUUAUAGAUGGGAAAACUGAGGCAGGCACGGAUUGGUGGCUGACUCCUGAAGGGUACCGUUGGCACCGAGAGCCCCAGGCAUUUUGAUUUGCUGUCUUUUUACAGCAUGGAUACCAAAUUGCUAAAAACAUACUUUGGGACUGCCAGUCAAUUUAUCUUUUGCAAUUUUACAACAAACUUACUAGUGGUUCAUUUUUUGAGCUAAUAUUCUGAAGUUCCUAUCACAAUGAGUUCAGGCCUGUGGAGCCAAGAAAAAGUUACUUCACCCUAUUGGGAAGAGCGGAUUUUUUAUUUGCUUCUUCAAGAAUGCAGUGUUACAGACAAACAGACACAAAAGCUGCUUAAAGUACCAAAGGGGAGUAUAGGACAGUAUAUCCAAGACCGCUCUGUGGGGCACUCGAGGAUUCCUUCUGCCAAAGGCAAGAAAAAUCAGAUUGGAUUAAAAAUCCUAGAGCAACCUCAUGCAGUUCUCUUUGUUGACGAAAAGGAUGUUGUAGAAAUAAACGAAAAAUUCACAGAGUUACUGUUGGCCAUAACCAACUGUGAGGAGAGGCUCAGCCUGUUUAAAAACAGAAGCAGACUAAGUAAAGGUCUCCAGGUAGAUGUGGGCUGCCCUGUGAAGGUGCAGCUGAGGUCUGGGGAAGAGAAAUUUCCAGGAGUUGUGCGCUUCAGAGGACCCUUAUUAGCAGAGAGGACGGUGUCGGGGAUAUUCUUUGGAGUAGAAUUACUGGAAGAAGGUCGUGGUCAAGGUUUCACUGAUGGGGUAUAUCAAGGGAAACAGCUUUUUCAGUGUGAUGAAGAUUGUGGAGUAUUCGUUGCAUUGGACAAGCUAGAAAUCAUAGAAGAUGAUGACAAUGGACUGGAAAGUGAUUAUGCAGGUCCAGUGGACACAAUGCAGGUUGAACUCCCCCCUUUGGAAAUAAACUCCAGAGUUUCUUUGAAGGUUGGAGAAACUAUAGAAUCUGGAACAGUUAUAUUCUGUGAUGUUUUGCCAGGAAAAGAGAGCUUAGGAUAUUUUGUUGGUGUGGACAUGGAUAACCCUAUUGGCAACUGGGAUGGAAAAUUUGAUGGAGUACAGCUUUGUAGUUUUGCAAGUGUUGAAAGUACAAUUCUCUUGCACAUCAAUGAUAUCAUCCCAGAUAGCAUGACACAGGAAAGGAGGCCUCCCAAACUUGCCUUUAUGUCACGAGGUGUUGGGGACAAAGGUUCAUCCAGUCAUAAUAAACCAAAGGCUACAGGAUCUACCUCAGACCCUGGAAAUAGAAAUAGAUCUGAAUUAUUUUAUACCUUAAAUGGAUCUUCUGUUGACUCACAACCACAAUCUAAAUCAAAAAAUACAUGGUACAUUGAUGAAGUUCUGGAGGCCAGGCAAUCCAAUAUCAAGGCUCUUGAAGAUUUAGUGUCAGUUGCAGAAGAUCCUGCGAAGUCACUUACAGAUUUAUCUCCAGAGUUUGGACAUUCUUCACCACCACUGCAGCCUCCUUCUAUGAACUCCUUAUCCAGCGAGAACAGGUUUCACUCUCUGCCCUUCAGUCUGACGAAGAUGCCCAACACCAAUAGUAGCAUGGCUCACAGUCCGCUGUCGCUGUCUGUGCAGUCUGUGAUGGGCGAGUUGAAUAGUGCUCCUGUGCAGGAGAGCCCGCCCUUGCCCGUAUCCUCUGGUAACUCACAUGGUCUGGAAGUAGGCUCACUGGCUGAAGUGAAGGAAAAUCCUCCUUUUUAUGGGGUCAUCCGCUGGAUUGGUCAGCCACCGGGGCUCAAUGAAAUACUAGCUGGACUGGAACUGGAGGAUGAAUGUGCAGGCUGCACAGAUGGAACCUUCAGGGGCACUCGAUAUUUCACCUGUGCCCUGAAGAAGGCACUGUUCGUGAAACUGAAGAGCUGCAGGCCAGACUCUAGGUUUGCAUCCCUGCAGCCUGUCUCCAAUCAGAUCGAGCGUUGCAACUCCUUAGCAUUUGGAGGCUAUUUAAGUGAAGUGGUAGAAGAAAACACUCCACCAAAAAUGGAAAAAGAAGGUUUGGAGAUAAUGAUUGGAAAGAAGAAAGGUAUCCAGGGUCAUUACAAUUCUUGUUACUUAGAUUCAACCUUAUUUUGCUUAUUUGCUUUUAGUUCUGUUCUGGACACUGUGUUACUUAGACCCAAAGAAAAGAAUGAUGUAGAGUAUUACAGUGAAACACAAGAACUACUGAGGACUGAAAUUGUUAAUCCUCUGAGAAUAUAUGGAUAUGUAUGUGCCACAAAAAUUAUGAAACUGAGGAAAAUACUUGAAAAAGUUGAAGCUGCAUCUGGAUUUACCUCUGAAGAAAAAGAUCCUGAAGAAUUCUUAAAUAUCUUGUUUCACCACAUUUUAAGGGUAGAACCAUUGUUAAAAAUAAGAUCAGCAGGUCAAAAAGUACAAGAUUGUUACUUCUAUCAAAUUUUUAUGGAAAAAAAUGAGAAAGUUGGAGUUCCUACAAUUCAACAGUUAUUAGAAUGGUCGUUUAUCAACAGUAACUUGAAAUUUGCAGAGGCACCAUCAUGUCUGAUUAUUCAGAUGCCUCGAUUUGGAAAAGACUUUAAAUUAUUUAAAAAAAUUUUUCCUUCUUUGGAAUUAAAUAUAACAGAUUUACUUGAAGAUACUCCCAGGCAGUGCCGGAUCUGCGGAGGGCUUGCCAUGUAUGAGUGUAGAGAGUGCUAUGAUGAUCCGGACAUCUCAGCCGGAAAGAUCAAGCAGUUUUGUAAAACCUGCAACACUCAAGUCCACCUUCAUCCCAAGAGGUUGAAUCAUAAAUAUAACCCAGUGUCACUCCCCAAAGAUUUGCCUGACUGGGACUGGAGACACGGCUGCAUCCCCUGCCAGAAGAUGGAGUUGUUUGCUGUUCUCUGCAUAGAAACGAGCCAUUACGUUGCAUUUGUGAAGUAUGGGAAGGACGAUUCUGCCUGGCUGUUCUUUGACAGCAUGGCCGACCGGGAUGGUGGUCAGAAUGGCUUCAACAUUCCCCAGGUGACCCCCUGCCCGGAAGUGGGCGAGUACCUGAAGAUGUCUCCUGAGGACCUGCACUCUUUGGACUCCAGGAGAAUCCAAGGCUGUGCUCGCAGACUUCUUUGCGAUGCAUAUAUGUGCAUGUACCAGAGUCCGACCAUGAGCUUGUACAAGUAGUGGGUCAUCCCGAGAGGUGAAGAGACUCAACACAAAAUCUCAGUGUUGUAAUUGCCUGGAGCUGGCAGUUCUGUUCCACACCCAUUGCCGGCAAUGGGUGUCUUUGUGUGGUGACGGUUCAGAAAAGGAUUCCUGUGCUUCAAAACCAAUUGCUUUUGUGUUACCGAAGUAUUUAAUAAGAAGCAUUUUGCACUCUAGAAAGUAUGUUUGUGUUGGUUUUAUAAGAAGUCUAAAUGAAGUUAAUUAAUACCUGAAGCUUUAAGUUAAUUGCAUUGAUUAUAUGAUAUUUUUGGAAGCAUAAAAUUUUAAUUGUGACAGUUUAAAACCUCUUUUAGUCCACUGAAAAUGUAAAUAAAUGUUUCUUCUUUCUGGACCAAGGAUAUGAAAUAAUUUUUCCUUUGUAGCUAAGGUUGCCUUGAGGAAGAAAUAAUUUGGUUUCAUUAAGAGCCUACCUUCAGUCCAGCUGUUACAGGUGUGCUGCGUUUGCCUUGUUAAUCCCUUCAUCCCUACUGCUGAUUCCUGCAUGUCUGCAAUCUGCUGAGUUUCUGUGUUUCUGCAGUAGUGGUCAAAAAAAUACUGAAAUUCCCCUAAUGGUGUUGUUUUCUACUUGUUCUGGUUUUGAGAUAAAUGAGUGAUUCUGUCAUAAAAUGUCCAUUUUUGAUGUACUUUUCCUGGAAGAUUAGGGUAUUCAGCAGUUGAAGCUCUUUGGUCACUGUAAAUGUCAACUAACGGGAUUUUUUAGGCACUAUUUUUAUGCAACAGUAACUUUUAUGAAAGGAUUGGAGUAAUAAGUAAAUAAUAAACUCUUAUACAAAUAUACAGUCCAUGAGAAAAAUUUGGCUUCUAGAAUUACUCAUUAAUAUUUCCCUGAAAAGAUACAUUAGAUAUUUAAACCUUUAUUUAAAUAAAUAAGAGGCUUAUUUUAAAUAAACUUCUGUUACUCUGAAUAAGGCAGUUAGUUUAAAUUUGGUCAGUCAGCCAGUACACUCACUAAAUCCAUUUUGGUUUUGCUUGAGAUAGUGAUGAUUUUGAAUCAUAUUUUAUUGAAAUAUUAGCAGCGGCUUUAUCCUCCCUCUGAUUAAAUAAGUAGAAAAUGGAUGUUUUCCUAGGUAUAUCCAUAGUGUGUGUAGACCACAGUGGAUGUUGUAGACUAGAAUCAUAGAUUAUAAAUGUCAGUGCUGUGGAACGUAUAUCCCUUGAGUGUUGUUUUGUGAUAUUGUGUUUUUGGAAUGACUUUCUAACCUUGCAGAAAGGCAGAAAAGAUGUCAUAUGUAUAUAGCAUAUGACUGUACAAUAUUGAAUGUCAAAAAAA